UUCACACGGGAUUCAUUCUUUUUCUUUUAAUACCAAACAAGAAAAAAAGAAAAAAAUCCUCUUGAUCAUGAACUAAUUUUAUUAAAAAAGAGAAAAAAAAAAACAUGGAUUCUCAUCAUCAUCAUCAUCACCUAUGUUACAAUAUGCAAGAAUGUUUUAAUGCUAUCCAAAACAAGAUUUCUGAUUGUAAUUCGCUGCAGGAUCGCCAUGGAAGCCGAUACCUUAUCAAUGGAAAAGUUGUGAUUGAACAUAGCCCUGGAUUAUCAGGUCCUGGAAAAUCAGCAUCUGUUCAGGUUUAUAGUUCAACAGUAAUCGACCCAAAUACCAUGAAAGGGAAGUUGAGCGGGAAAGCAUGCCUCAAGAAGGGAAAGAGCAGUAAAAAAGACGGCACAAAAACCACCGUUUAUAAGAUCAAGUUACACGUAGAGCCUGGAUUUGGAAAUCCAGGAGCUUUCCUUAUAGAAAACAAUCACAAGCAUAGAUUCUUCCUUCAAUCUGCAACUCUUGUAACUCCAGAAAACAAGGUCAUCCACUUUGAUUGCCGAUCUUGGGUGUAUCCAAUCAAAGACACUAACACCAGUCGGCUUUUCUUUUCCAACACAUGUUAUCUUCCGAGCAAAACCCCAGCUUGUCUAGUGGAAUUGAGAAAGGAAGAGCUUGAAAGCUUGAGAGGUGAUGGAACUGGGGAAAGGAAAGAAUGGGAUCGAAUCUAUGAUUAUGCUCUGUAUGAUGAUCUUGGAAAUCCUGAAAAAGGUCCAGAUCAUGUUAGACCUGUCUUGGGUGGUUCCCGUUCACGUCCGUAUCCUCGCAGGGGAAGAACCGGCCGCCCUGCUACCACAAAUGGCACGAUUAACUUGGACACUUAUGUUCCACCGGAUGAGCGAUGCAGUCCCAAGAAACUAUCUGAGUUCAUUGCAAAUGCAAUCCAAGCCACGGCUUAUUUCCAUCUACCUGAGGCGAAAUCCUUGCCUCGUGAUUCCAGUAGUUUUGAGUCAUUUGGUGACAUACGGGACCUGUAUUCCAACAACAGACGCCAAGCGAUGAGGGGAAAAUCGGUGACGGAGAAAGUGAAAAAGUUUGUGCCAGCUCAGCUUUUCAAAGAUGUCACUCACGUGAUUGAAGAAGUUGACAUAAAAUUCCCACUGCCUCAAAUCAUAAGAGCUAAUCAAUUCGCAUGGAAGCUAGAUGAGGAAUUCGGACGACAAAUGCUUGCUGGGACGAAUCCUACUAGAAUUCAUUGCUUGAGGGAAUUCCCACCUCGAGGAACACUAACGGAAAGCCACAUAGAGCAGUCAGACAUUGAGCACAACCUUGAUGGUUUGAGUUUCGAACAGGCAAUGAAACAAUGGAGGAUUUAUGUCCUGGACCACCAUGAUUAUCUGUUGCCAUUUUUAAGAAAAAUGUACUCGGAGGGUGUCCGCCCUUGUGCAUCCCGAACAUUGCUAUUUUUACGAAAUGAUGCCACCUUGAAGCCAUUGGCCAUAGAGCUGAGCUAUCCCGGUUCUUCCAACAACGUCGACGGGAUGAAAACCAUGGUGUUACUUCCUGAAAAAGAAGACAUCCCUCAAGCACUAUGGCAGUUGGCCAAGGCUCAUGUUGCAGCUAAUGACUCGGCAUACCAUCAACUCAUCAGCCAUUGGUUGCAUACUCAUGCAGUUGUGGAGCCGUUCAUCAUUGCCACCAGGAGGCAGCUGAGCGUGAUGCAUCCAGUUCACCGGUUGUUGGAUCCUCAUUUCAAAGACACCAUGCACAUAAACGCACUAGCUCGGACCGUUCUGAUAAACGCCGGAGGAAUACUUGAGAAGACACUCUUCACGGGCAAAUUCUCCAUGGAAUUGUCAUCUGAACUUUACAAACAAUGGAGAUUCGAUGAACAAGCUCUCCCUUCCGAUCUAAUCAAAAGGUGUAUGGCCCUGGAAGAGUCAGAAAACCCCAGAGGAGCUCUUAUGCUCUUCCAAGAUUAUCCUUACGGUCUAGACGGUCUAGAUAUAUGGUUAGCCAUCCAAACAUGGGUGGGAGAUUUUUGCGACAUCUUCUAUGAAGACGAUCCUUCAGUCAAAUCCGAUACCGAAAUACAAGCAUGGUGGUCGGAAAUUCGAAACGUCGGCCACGGCGAUAAACGCAAGGAGCAAUGGUGGUGUCAAAUGACCACAAAGGCAGACCUUAAACGCACUUUAACAACACUCGUAUGGAUCGCAUCGGCCCUUCAUGCAUCAGUGAAUUUCGGGCAAUAUUCGUACGCAGGUUAUCCUCCAAACCGUCCCAGUCGGUGCCGGAAGUUCGUGCCCGAAGAAGGUACGAUGGAGUUUGCAGAAUUCUUGAAAGACCCAGAUAAGUAUUUUCUCAACAUGUUACCAGAUAGGUUUGAGGCAAGCCUUGGGAUAGCAUUAAUGGAGGUACUGUCACGGCACACGUCUGAAGAAGUUUACUUAGGACAGAGAGCAACAUCGGAGUGGAUAGAUAAUAAGCAGGUGAAGCAGAGAUUUGAGAAGUUCAAUAAGUCUCUGAGGGAGAUAGAGAAGCAAAUCAUGGAGAGAAAUGGAGAUCCAGAGCUUAUGAAUAGACGAGGGCCUGCAAAAGUGCCAUACAAACUUCUUUACCCUGAUGCAGCUAAGGUCGAAACCCCAGCAGGAAUCACGGCCAAAGGGAUUCCUAAUAGCAUAUCCAUUUAACUUUUCUCCCAGGUGUAUGAAUACAAAUAUUUCAUAUGAUACUAUUUUGUAUUGAUUUAUUUACAAUUACAAAUGGAUGAGAUAGAUUGUAUGAAA